AUGGUUGUUGUCAGUAAUUAUGAGACCAGCAGUGGGAUUGGGAGGAGAGACAGCAGAGAAGUAAUGCAGCAUCCAUGUGCAGGCCCUGCAGUGAGCAAGACCCCUCUGGGAACAGACUCACAGAGAUCAGUCAUGUCAAGAGAUGAUAGCAUGCACAAAUUGAAAGCAACUUUAGCCAUACAUUUUCUCUUUAGGCGCCAUUCUAUAUAUUCUGUGUUUGUAAUGAAGAGUAAGAGUGCUGAUAUAGCCCUCUUUGGGAACAAUGUGACCCUGAACUGCAAUUUGACGAUCCCAGCAAAUGUUCUGCAAAUUACUUGGCAAAAGCUCCAAGGGUCUAUUCCAGAAAACAUAGGCACUUACAGCAGCCAGCAUGGUGGGAAAAUUCUCCCGCCAUACAAUGAACGGAUCCACUGCAGCAGUACAGAACUGACAUCCUCAAGCAUGACUAUAUAUAACGUGACCUUGAAAGAUGCGGCAUGUUACAAAUGUCUCUUUAAUGUUUUUCCAAAUGGUAUCUAUGGAGGAAAGAUGUGCUUCAGUGUACAAAAAGUAUCUGAAUUAAGAAGUGAGCUCCAUCCUCAUCCCACCAUUGAGGGAAUCCUUAUAGUCAUCUGCUCAGCUACAGGAAAACCUGCCCCUCACAUCACUUUCUCCCAUGAGAGGCUGCUGAUGGGAUUGCCUAAGGAACAUAUUGAUCAAAACCCAGAUGGAAUAACUAAUGUCACCAAAUGGUAUAAUAUCUCGAAGGAGGCUGUGAGGUCCUUGAAAAUUCAGAAUGCAUCCUGUGUCAUGGAUCACCCUCUAAGGAAGAAGAAAGAACUUGUUUAUUUUUCUCAGGAACCAGAAUGUAAGUAA